UCUGCUUGCAGAUUCUGAAGAUACGCUCAGCCUUCGAGCAGUUCACUUCUUGCAUCUGUAUGAAUUUGGAGAGAGGGAGCGGAGAUCGGUGAUAAGGGCCUGACUCAGGAUAAAUGAACAGAAGAGUAGUUUCUAAUUAACAACAUUGUAUUGCCAAUGGUGUUAGCUUUUAAUUUGCUGGCAUAAGCACUCUGCAGCCCCUGAGGGAUACGGGAUGCUUCAGUCCCAGAACUAGGAAACACAGUGAGUAUCAGCAUGAAAUUCCUGCCCAUCUGAGUGCUGAUUUGGGAACCUGAGAGCAAGACAGUGUGAAAGACCUUCAGCUGCCCUUCUUCACUACAACCUCAGCUCUCUGUGCAGCUACUGAACCUCCGCUCUCAGUAACGAGAAGGAUGUGAAGACAAGCAGGGCAAGUUGCUUGGGAUGAGAAGUGGCUUUGGAGAGCUAAUGGGCUGGAUUCUUUGAGGGAGCCUUUCUUCAGCUGAAACAGUUGUUGUUUUGGAUGAAACACUGAAAACCAGACAGUUUUGUGCUUUUUUUUAGUUCCAUCUGGUAAUCCAACCUGUUUGUGUGAGAAGCUCUGCUUCCUUUAUUCAUACUGGUCACACCGGAGACAAGAAAACAGGCUGCAAGCAGUAGCAAGAUGCCCCAUCUCUCUGCUGUGUGAAGUGUGCUAUAAACUGAGGAGAUCUUGUAUUUUUCUGUGGAAACUAUCUUGGCAUUUUCUGUCCAUUAACUACAACUAAUUUUUCUCUUUUCUUUGUAGUAAAAACGGGCAUGAGUUUCUGAGGAAAAGCGCAUAUGAUACAAAAAACUGAACUGCAUCUAUUUUCAGUUCUUUAAAUCUGAGUCUUUUUUUUUGUAGUGCUUGAAUUUGACAAAGAAAUCUUCCAUUCCAUUGACAUUUACAAGCAAAAUCAGUGUUUCAGUGCGUCAGAAGUGUGCUUUUCUGAAGAGCUGAUUUUUAUUUCCUUCAGUGAAUAACUUGCUGAAGAUACAGAAAUACGCAUCCAUGUCGCAACGUCGGCUUUUAAAGGAUGGACAUGAGAGUCACUUUAGGAUCCUACCAAGAUUCAGCCAAAUCCUUCAUAGUAGAAGGCACUCGCGAAAUCACACGCGCCAAAUAUGCUCUGAUGAAAUCAUGCAUCAGGAUAUCAUCCCCCUCUAUGCUGCAGAUAUUCAUGACCAGUUAAAGAAACAAUUUGCUUAUCUGUCAGGUGGAAGAGGGGGAGAUGGAUGUCCUGUUAUCACCUUUCCAGACUAUCCAGCUUUCAGCGAGAUCCCUGAGAAGGAGUUCCAGAAUGUCCUCACCUACCUGACCAGCAUCCCAAGUUUACGAGAUGCUGGAAUUGGGUUUAUUCUUGUCAUAGACCGCAGACAGGACAAAUGGACUUCUGUGAAAGCUUCCAUACUGCGGAUAGCAGCGUCUUUCCCAGGGAACUUGCAACUCGUCCUUGUUCUGCGCCCAACAGGACUUUUUCAUCGAGCUCUCUCAGACAUUGCUUUCAAGUUCAACAAAGAUGAGUUUAAAAUGAAAGUACCCAUCAUAAUGCUGGGCUCAGUAUCAGAACUGCAGGGUUACAUUGAUAAAACACAAUUAACAGAAGAUCUUGGUGGCACCCUGGAUUACUGCCAUAACAGAUGGCUGUCCCGUCGCACUGCUAUAGAAGGCUUUGCCCAAAAGGUUAAGCAGACAGCUCAUAUUCUUCAGUCCUUUGGGACUGAAUUGGCUGAAACAGAACUACCAAAUGAUGUGCAGUCAACCAGCACCCUUCUUGCAACACAUACGGGAAAGAAGGACAAAAUGAAGGAAGAUAUAAGGUUAGCAGUAGAACAGGGAGACGAUAUCCUUGGAAGUAUUACAAAGCCAGUUACUGAGAACCCUGAAUACAAACUGAAUCAAGACCAACUAGACAAUCAAACUACAGUAGAAAGGCUUUUGGCUCAGUUACAUGAAACAGAGUCUGCCUUUGAUGAGUUUUGGAUUAAGCACCAGCAAAAACUUGAGCAGUGUCUGCACCUUCGGAAUUUUGAACAGAAUUUUAGAGAGGUUAAAGCAGCUUUGGAUAUUGUGUCCGAGAGACUGUCUGCUUUCACAGAUGUGGGAAACAGCUGCUCACAUGUGGAGCACAUUUUGAAAGAUCUUGCCAACUUUGAAGAAAAAUCAUGUGAAACUGUAGCAAAAGCCAGAAUGCUAGCUUCAGAGGGUGACGCUUUUAUUCAGAGUAAUCACUAUGCUGUGGACUCCAUUAUUCCAAAAUGCAGUGAACUUCAUCAUCUCUGUGAUGCCUUCACUACUGAGAUGGAACGGAGGAGGAAUGUUCUUAAUAAAUCUCUAGAACUGCAUGGCUUACUGGAAAAGUCUAUGAAGUGGUGUGAUGAAGGAAUUUAUCUUCUGGCUUCACAGCCUGUAGAUAAGUGUCAGUCUCAGGAUGGUGCAGAAUCAGCAUUACAGGAGAUUGAGAAAUUCCUAGACACUGGUGCAGGCAAUAAAAUUAAGGAGUUGAAUAAAAUUUACAGAGAAUACGCGCACAUCCUCAAUGAGGACCUAAAGGAGCAUGUACAAAAGGUUUUUCAGAAGCAAGAGAGCAUGGAAGAAAUGUUUCAAAAGAGACAAGUAAGUCUUAAAAAACUGGCAGCUAAGCAAAUGCGUCCUGUUCAGCCAGUUGCACCUAGACCUGAAGCCUUUGUAAAAUCUCCUUGUACCUCUCCAGGUCUUCAAAGAGAUUGUGUAUCCAACACAGAAAGCGGUGUGCUUCGGAAAGUAAACUACAGAAGAGGAAAGAGUGAAAUGAGUGAACUCCAUCAAAGCAGAGGAGGAUCUACAAUGGAUGAUGAAGAAAACCUAGCUGUGUUACGGCAGCAUGUAAUGAAUGAACUUAUUGAAACUGAACGAGCAUACGUGGAAGAACUUCUCUGUGUUCUUGAGGGGUAUGCUGCAGAGAUGGACAACCCUUUAAUGGCUCACCUCAUUUCACCAGAACUCCAAAACAAGAAGGAUAUUUUGUUUGGAAAUAUGGAAGAAAUUUAUCAUUUUCAUAACAGAAUAUUCUUGAGAGAACUAGAAAAUUAUGUAGAAUACCCAGAACUGGUAGGACGGUGCUUUCUGGAUCAGAUGGAAGAUUUCCAGAUUUAUGAGAAAUACUGUCAAAACAAACCUCGAUCUGAAAGUUUGUGGAGGCAAUUUUCAGAUUCCGUAUUCUUUCAGGAAUGUCAAAGGAAACUCGAUCACAAGCUCAGUUUGGACUCCUAUUUGCUGAAGCCAGUUCAAAGAAUAACCAAAUACCAAUUAUUGCUAAAGGAAAUGCUGAAGUACAGUAAGAACUGUGAAGGUGCUGAAGACCUCCAGGAGGCAUUAAACUCUAUAUUGGGUAUUCUGAAGGCAGUUAAUGAUUCUAUGCACCAGAUAGCCAUCACAGGCUAUGAUGGAAACCUGAAUGAGCUGGGUAAGCUUCUAAUGCAGGGAUCCUUCAACGUCUGGACUGAUCAUAAAAAGGGUCACUCAAAGGUGAAAGAUUUGGCACGCUUCAAGCCAAUGCAGCGACACCUGUUCCUCCACGAGAAAGCAGUGCUGUUCUGUAAAAAGAGAGAAGAAAACGGAGAGGGAUAUGAGAAGGCACCUUCUUAUAGCUAUAAACACUCUUUAAAUAUGGCAGCAGUUGGAAUAACAGAAAAUGUCAAAGGUGAUGCAAAAAAAUUUGAAAUCUGGUAUAAUGCAAGGGAAGAAGUUUACAUCAUACAGGCACCAACUCCUGAAGUUAAAGCUACUUGGGUAAAUGAAAUAAGAAAAGUGCUGACUAGUCAACUGCAGGCAUGCAGAGAAGCCAGUCAGCAUAGGACACUUGAGCACACUCAGAGUUUACCUCUACCAGCGUCGUCUUGUACAAGCAGUCCUUCAAGGAACAACAUCAGAAAUGUGAAAAAAAUGGAUGAGAGAAAAGCUGAUCUCACGGGUCUAGAAGGUUAUGUCACCACAGUAGCACCAAAGUACCCCGAGAAAGGCAAAGAAACUCCAUCAUCUACUGCUAAAAGCCAGACAUUGCCAAUGAUCCUUCUUACAGGACCAGCUUCUCCUACCAGUCCUGACAAAAAAGCUAAACGGCACGAAGUAGUGAGUGAUCCAACUCCUUUUGGUGUAAGAGGUUGGGCUAAAACAUCUCAUUCUCUUGAUGCAUCUGAAGAAAAUGAUGGCUGGUCCAGUGCUGAGGAGCCGCUGAAUUCAUCAGAUGCAGAGGAAGAAGGAGGAGGCGGCGGAGCGGGAAAUGAGAUGAAGCUGACUCCUGGUAAAUAUACAGUUGUGACUGAUUAUGAGAAAGGAGUUUCUGAAGAAUUCGCAGUGAGAAGUGGAGAUCUAGUUCAACUGAUUCGUGAAGGGGAGGAUGGACUUUGGUAUGUAAAGAAUCUGACCACUGGUAGAGAAGGCUGGAUCCCAGCAAACAAUCUGCUGAUGCUCAUAGGCAAUUCAAAAUCAGCUCAGUCUUUGAGCAGCUCUGAAUCAGGCACUGCUUCCAGCACUUUGAGCACGUCAUCAAGUUGCAGCGAUAGCUGCAAUGCCAGCAGCACCAGCUUCUCGGACAUUAAGGGCUAACAUCGUAUUUUCACCCCACCUCCACAGAAACUAAAUCUGGAGUUUAAGCCCGACUUCCAAAACUCAAGAUGGCCAUCAGAGAGCCAUCUUGAGCCACCUGUUCAAAAUUGCUGGUUUUCAGUGUUUUCUCUGGUGAUUUUCAGAGUUUCUCACAGAAGAUCCCCGUGAAAAGUGCACAGAAUGUGAAGUUGUAAAUAAAAACUAAAUGAUUUGAAAUAGGGUAUUGUAGAGGCUUCUCCUCUGAAGUUUGAAGCUGCAGAGGUGUUGGCAUAAACGCAUUUUCCCAUUGAUGUACAAUCAGGUUUCUGCAGAACUGUAUCAUUUCAUAACAUCCAGAAUCUGAAUGUGAGCAAACAGUGUGUUCAGUGCUAAAUCCUUGCUGUAAGCUAAUAAUGUAGCAAUCACUGUACAGGAUAGAUAUGAGGAGAAUAAAUCAGAGUUUACAGUUUCUCCUCCCCAAAAUGCCCCUUCUCCCUGGAUGUACCUCAGUCAGUGCAGUGAAUGGGACUCUUACAGCCACCAAGUAGGAAGGAAGGAAGGAACUUACCUCCAAGAAGGAAGGAAGUUUGGUGAGCCGUUUCUCUUGGGUCUUCAGGAUACUCUUCUGUACCCUGGAGAUGAAUGCAGAAAUAACCAAUCUACAGACCAUAACAGCAUCAGAAGAGAAUAUCAUUUUUCCUUUCCAGCCUUUUGAUAAAUUGUGCAAUGGAAUAGCUGUUUUUUGAGAUAUUUUGGCCUCACAACCAAUCCCUUCACUAAGAUCUGUGUUUGGCAAUUUAGUAGUGUCUUCUUCCUUACACAGAUGCACAAUGAAACGCAGAUGUUCUUAUUCACUAGGUGAUUUCUUAGUAAACUAAUUGCAUGGUUACCUUCAGCUCUAACAAUUAGCAUGCCCAUAUAGGCAAAGAAAACUACGGUGACUUCACUGUGGGCCAAGAGCAUAUCUUCAGGCAUACCCAAAGGGGUUAGAAACCAGACAAUUUAGUCACUGGUGUUUGUUACAGAUUUACUCAAAUAGGCAAAAAUGACAUAAUUUUUCAUAAAGGUGAGCAUGGGUGGAAAAAAAAUCUUUGAGUCAGAUUUGUCCUGUAUUAUAAUUUUUUUAAAAGAAAGCUAGUGCUAAACUUGCUAUUUUUCAAGGUGUCAUGUAAGCCAAUGUUAGGAAUUUUCACCUUGCUGUUCUUUGCACUUUCUCCUUACAAACAGUACAGAUCUGUGUGCACGUUUGAAAUGUAUUCACUCCUCUAUGCCUUUCAAAUGUUUUUACUUAUGAAGAUAGGUUUUUACCUGAUUUGUAUACAAUAUUACUUAAGAGUAUUGUGGACUUUAUGAGCAAAAUUUUUCAAUGUCAGUAGGAACUGCUAUUAAUUAUCAGACUCUCUCUCUGAUGGCUGAACCCAGAAGUCUGUCUUUAUGCUAGAAAUUCAGAUUUUAGAGCCCAUAGCUUAGGAAACUGAAGGAGAAAGACUCUAAAGAAUGGUCUUGGUCCUGAGCUGCAAAAGCAACCCUACCCAAACACAAUCAAAAAGCAGCUGGCUGUGGUCAGUACAAAUUGAAACACAUAGGUAUACCCACACAUUUAUGCACAUACGUAUGUGCAUGCAUGUGCCUGUGUAUGUAUGUGUGUGUGUAGAUAUGUAAAUGUGUAGAUACACUGUAUCAAUGUAAAGGAUGUAUUUAUAGUCUUCAUGCUGCUGAAUGUGUCACUUUACAAUUCAUACAUAUUUAGGUUUCUAUACUGCAAUAUAAAUGCAGAUCAGGGUUUUUCUUCAGACAUCUUUUCCAACACAGACAUCCUCUGGUCUUUUAAUUAUCCCAUACAAUACUGUGCUAAUACUUAGGCUGAUACUUAACAAUGAGAUGGCAGCAUGAAAUUCAGCUUAUCUUCAUCUUUGUAAGUUAUUUUGUAAAUUCUGUAACAUAAUUUACCUAUAUAUUGCUGUCAUUGCUCGGAUAAGACUGUCCGUUCAUUUCUCACUGCAGCUCAUUUGCGUUAUUUCAAUGGUUUUCUCCACAUCAUGGCACUUUAAUAAAACCCAUUUCCUUUUUUUAACUGCUGUUGUGAUUUAGAGGUUCAAAGUGGGAGGUCUCUAUUGUAAUUAUGAAAAUUUGAAUAAAUUUCAGCGCUUCUUGCUGAACGCCUUUAUAUAGA